AUGGCUGCCGCCUUGGUUGGAGGAGCAUUUCUGUCCGCCACCCUUCAAGUGCUGUUUGACCGUUUGGCUUCUCGCGAGUUCGUCAACUUUUUCCGUGCUCAAAAGCAUGAUGAUAAACUCCUCAGGAAGCUCAAGUUAACAUUGCUGGGACUUAAUGUUGUGCUCGAUGAUGCAGAGUACAAGCAGAUCACUAACCCUGCUGUGAAAGACUGGGUGGAUGAACUUAAAGUUGCUGUGUAUCAUGCAGAUGAUUUACUAGAUGAGAUUGCUACCGAAGCUUUGCGAUGCAAGUCUGAAGCCAAGUACCAUAGCGGGUCAGACCAGGUACGAAGUCCCACCUUGAUUUCUUCUUCUAGUUCAUUUGAUGCAGAUAUAGUGUCCAAGAUAGAGCAGAUCAUUGCUAGCUUAGAAUAUUUUGCGAAAGAAAAAGAUGUCCUCGGUUUGAGAGAAGUUGCUGGGCAAAAAUUGUAUCACGGAUUGCCAACAACUUCUUUGGUUGAUGAAUCUGGUGUUUGUGGAAGAGAUAAUGACAAGGAGGAUGUAAUUAAGUUGCUGCUCUCAGAUGAGGCAAGUGGUGGUAAUCAGAAGAUAGAUGUGAUUGCGAUAGUGGGGAUGGGUGGGGUUGGCAAGACCACCCUUGCUCAAUUUUUAUACAAUGAUGGCAGAGUGGAUGAUCACUUUGAUAUGAAAGCAUGGGUUUGUGUCUCUGAUGAAUUCGAUGUUGUAAGGGUUACAAGAACAAUUCUUGAGGCAGUCAUUCCGCAGGGUUCUGAUAAAAUGGACCUUAGUACAAAGGACCUUAAUCAGCUUCAAGUCAAGCUCAAGGAAUGCUUGAGUGGGAAGAAAUUUCUUUUCAUUCUAGACGAUGUUUGGAAUGAGAACUAUGAUAACUGGGAUAUCUUGAGGAGUCCUUUUGGAUAUGGAGGACAUGGGAGCAGGGUCAUUGUUACAACGCGCAAUGAGAGCGUUUCAUCUAUUAUGCAAACAGUUCCUAUUCAUCGUUUGCAGCAAUUAUCGGAUGAAGAUUGCUGGAAAUUGUUUGCCAAACAUGCUUUUGAGAAGGGAGAUUGUGGUGCACAUCCAAAGCUUGAAAGGAUUGGCAAACAGAUUGUGAAAAAGUGUAAAGGUUUGCCUCUAGCAGCAAAAACAUUAGCCGGUCUUUUGCUCUCUAAACGGGAUGUUGAGGAUUGGAAUAAUAUAUUGAAAAGUGGAAUAUGGGAUUUGCCAAAGGAGAAAAGCAAUAUUCUUCUAGCCUUAAAAUUGAGCUAUCAUUACCUCCCUUCGCAUUUAAAGAGAUGCUUUGCUUAUUGUUCUAUAUUUCCAAAAGAUUAUGAAUUUCAAAUGGAGGGAUUAGUCCUAAUGUGGAUGGCUGAAGGUUUUGUUGAGCAACCCAGAAAAAUCAAACAAUUGCCUGAAUUAGUUUGUACCAUGUAUAAUUUAGAAACACUAUUGCUCUAUGAUUGUUAUCAGCUCACUACCUUGCCGGUAAAUCUUCAAAAACUAAUUCAGUUGCGCUAUCUUGAUAUUACUGGAACUAAUUUACAGGAGAUGGCAAUGCAAAUGAGUCAAUUAAAAGGCCUUCAACUUUUAACUGCCUUUGUGGUGGGCAAGUCCAAGGGGUUAGGUAUUGAAGAGUUGAAGCACUUACGUCAUCUUCAAAGGAGGCUCUCCAUUUCAAGUCUGCAAAAUGUAACUAAUGGCAUGGGUGCAAUGGAGGCAAAAUUGGAGGAGAAAAUGUACCUUGAAGAACUGGUACUCGAAUGGAGUAGCAGUACCAAUGAUUCACUGAAUGAGAGAGAUGUUCUUGACAAGCUAAAACCUCAUACAAACUUGAAAUGCCUUGAGAUUAAAAACUUUGGUGGCACAAGAUUUCCAAAUUGGUUGGGAGAUGAAUCAUUUUGUAAUAUGGUGCGUUUGUCUCUUGACAAUUGUGAGUAUUGCUUGUCCUUGCCACCGUUUGGUCAGUUGCCCUCUUUGAAAGACCUUAAAAUUUCAAGGAUGCAAGGAAUAACAAAGGUAGGCCGUGAAUUCUAUGGAGAUAGUUCUUUAAGCAAACCAUUUCAAUCUCUAGAGACCCUUAGAUUUAAAGAAAUGUUGGAGUGGGUGGACUGGUAUAUAUUAGAAUCUGGAGAGUUCUCUAAGCUUAAAGAGCUUCAAGCACAAGUGAAUUAG